AUGAAACCUCGUCCGGUCCACAUUGUUGAAGUUGUAAUAAGUAAUACCCAAUAUAAGUACAUGUUUUAUUCAUUUACGUUUAGAAAUAAAAUAGUACUCGAACCUCGAUCACGUAGAUCACUUGUAUUUUCAAUUAAAAUGAGUGCAAAGCUAUCAGUCUCCUGUGCAGUAUUAUGCAUCCUCAGUUUAUGCUUCGGACAAGAAAACUCCACUCAGAAGUUAGUAACACAAGGUACCUCCAACGAAACAAGUGAUUCGGAAUCCGAUGAGUCAGAGUGGAUAUCAGACGAUAAGGAUAUGGACCAGGAUGCCAGCAUUUGGCGAAUUUGGCGACCGUUCUGGAACUGGGGCCAAUCAAUGCUUAGUAAGAAGUUUACACGCUUUCCUACAUUAAAGGAAAACGAGAAUGGUGGACUACAUUACCAUCGAGACAGACCCAAACGCAAGUUAAAAAAUAAAAUAAAACUGCUCUUUAAAUUAAAACAAUUUGAAACGUAAA